AUGGGAAACAAAAGACGCGCCAGUGUGGCCGAGCCCUCCGACGGCAGCGACGCUGAGGUGACACGCAAGGUGUCCAAGAAGAAUAAGACUAGCGGAAGCGUCAUCUCGCCGGCCGGAAAAGAUGAUGAUGGUAACCCCUUCUGGGAGCUUUCCAACAAGCGCCGAGUGGGAGUUUCUCAGUACCAAAACAGGGUGAUGAUUAACAUCCGGGAGUAUUACGACAAGGAUGGGAAGGCCCUUCCUGGCAAGAAAGGUAUCUCGUUGUUGCUGGACCAGUACCUUGCGCUUGUCAAACUUGUGCCUUCCAUCAACGGAAAGCUCCGCGAAAUGGGCCAGGUCGUUGACACGGCAGAUAAUGCGGGGGAAGAUACCACUGCUACUGCGAAAAAGUCCAAAAAGGAAAGGUCGGACAAGGCAAACAUUGAAGCCACGAGUGACGAAGACGAGACCUAG